CUGGCGCGUAGUAUCAACGUGAGGAUCACGCUUUCUUGGCAUCGAAUAAGACAUUUCCUAUCGGUAUAAGUGUCUAUUGGUGUUAAAUUGGAAAACAAUGGUGAUAUUGACAAGUUUCCCACCUCCCACAGAAGGAAUUCGACAUAAACAAGAGAAUACAGUAGCGAAUAUUGAUGGCAGCACCUUAGGAAAUGGAACACUCUAUGUUGCAGAAAGCCGGUUGUCAUGGAUGGGUGAGAAUGGACGAGGUUUCUCACUGGAAUAUCCGGCGAUAAGUUUGCAUGCAGUCUCCCGAGACACUUCCACUUUCCCUCAUGAAUGUCUGUAUCUGAUGGUGGAAGGCAAACUAUCAGAAACACAGGAUGGGUCAUCUGACGGGGAAGAGGAAGAUGAUCAACCAAUCGGAGAAGUUCGCUUUGUACCAAGUGACAGAGGAACUUUGGAUGCCAUGUUCCUCGCCAUGAAUGAUUGCCAGGCACUGCAUCCGGACCCACAAGACUCUGACUCAGAAGCUGAGGGUGAUGAAGACUUCUUCACAGGAGAAGAAGGUGAAGGUCAGUUGACAGCCCAAGGUCAAGCCACUCUACAGCAUCUGGACAAUCUGUUACAGGUGGGGCAAGGCGAUGGAGCUGAGAGUCAGACUAAUGGCCAUCACAGAGAUGGCGGAGGGGCUGCGGAGGAGAACAUGGAGAUGGGCCAGUUUGAGGACGCUGACAUGGAGCAGUGAGAAGCGUGACCGAGUAUGACGGAGGUUGCCUGGCUAGGCAUCAGUCAGAGGGAUUCUACAGUGGUACUGCCAACAUCAUUUCAAACACCUGGAUGAGCUAUGGCAGCAUUUACCCUCAAGCCUUGUGUGAAAGAUGUUACCAGAGUAGCCUCUCUGUGCAAGUGUGAUUGAUGCUUGAAGAUAGUGUAUGUUCCUGAAAUGAAUGCUUGAAUGUGUUCCUACGACUACUAGGCUGAGAACAUGAAGAGAACAGUUCCAAGAGUUCUCAAAACUACUGGCUUAUGUGACCCGUGAAGAUCCGGGUUAGAUUUGGUCUUCAUCAACCCAUGUUUUUCAAAAGAGGUGACUAACAGGAUCUGAUUGCUGACUUGGAUGAGCUCUUUGGACUCUGGCUUUGACAUGUCAUUGUAACCCAGUUACGUAGAUUGAUGCUCAUGAUGUUGAUCACAGGAUUGUCUGGUCAAGACUGGAUUAUUUACAGACCAGCGCCAUAUAGCUGGAAUAUUGCUGAGUGCCGCGUUAAACAACAAUCAAACAAACUAUGAGGCAUAUGUAUCAAAAUAUGGCCGUUUCUGAUCAUGCAUGGUUCCUAUGACUACCAGACUGAGAGACGUCAUGAGUUCCAGUUUCAGAGACAUUUUAGCUUGGUGUUAUCACAUUGCAUUCAAUGCAAUAAUAUAAACAUGAACCUUUUCUUAAAGCGCUUCUAUUUUAUUCGGGGCGGUGGGGUAGCCUAAUGGUUAAAGCGGUGGCUCGUCACGCCGCAGACCCGGGUUCGAAUCCCCACAUGGGCACAAUGUGUUAAGCCCAUUUCUGGUGUUCCCCGCCGUGAUGUUGCUGGAAUGUUGCUAAAAGCGGCGUAAAACCAAACUCAGUCAGUCAGUCUAUUUUAUUCAUAUAUUGAUCGAUGAAAUACAUGUCAUCAUGUUUUAUAUCAAAAUAGAAGAUGACAUUUUCCAUUUCUAUUUGCGAGUCUGCUGUAGACUUAGGGCCUAGAAGCCAGGCUAACUUUAAUGCUAUUCAUUAUGUAUUCUGAAACAAAUCAUGUAACAGUCCACUUGUUAACAGUUGUACCAAAGACCUUUAAUUGUAAGGCCUAAAAAGAAAAAUGUUGUGGUUCCGAUUACCCGACCGACCCUUGAAUUCUGGUGCUGCUCUUGGCGGCAUGAAUCAAAUAAGCUUUCAGAUACCUAUUGUUUUUUCCCUGCACCAACGGACAUCAAUCAUUCUGAUAAAGAAAGUCGACAUGAUGGCUGCAAGCUUGACUUUACAUCUUAAAAAAGAAAAAUCCUACCUACCUACCUACCCUAAUUUUAAAGAGAUGUAUUUGGAACAUAUUUUGGCUUCAUGGAUUGUAUCAUAUUCUUGUAACAUUCAUGUAAUUAUUUAGUCUGUCUCACAGUCCCUGAACCAUUUUAUUUUUCCUUCUUCCCAGCCCAUUCCUUAAUUAAAUGCCAAAGCCUUAAAUGAAGCAAGUCUUAAUUGUCUCAGUUUCAGGUUCUGAAUCUCUCAUCUCAAGGGCGGUGGGGUAGCCUAGUGGUUAAAGCGUUGGCUCGUCACGACGAAGACCCGGGUUCGAAUCCCCACAUAGGUACAGUCAGUGAAGCCCAUUUCUGGUGUCCCCCACCGUGAUAUUGCUGGAAUAUUACUAAAAGCGGCACCGGUCUCCUCUCAAAUUAGGUGCUUCUUUUCAACUUAAUGGGACUUUUUUGUUUCUGUCAAGAUAAUAUAUAUUCAGAGAUUAAACUUUUGUUUUGAAAUUAUGGCACUGACUGAAAUGUAGAACGUGGGGUUAUAGACAGGAAGUGGUGACACUGAUUGCUAAGCACUAUGACAUUGCCUUGUGUUCUGUAGCUGGUGCACUUGUGGUGAUUGUUUUCUGUUUACAUGUAGCCCUUGAAUCAGUUGACACCAUUUCCAGGAAAUAAUUUGGAGGGUGGUGAGGUAGCCUAGUGGUUAAAGCAUUCACUCAUCACGCCUCAGACCCUGGUUCGAGUACAGUGUGUGAAGCCCAUUUUUGGUGUCCCCUGCCGUGAUAUU